UUUUUUCGCAUAACAUACCUUCUUGACACCGCCAGUGAUGUCCAUGCUUGUUCGCUCAAUGCUGCCCAGAACCUUUGCUUCCGUAACUGGUCGCGAUAUCUUGCAUUCUGCAUUCUAGACGUACGUUCAUGAACGCACGAGACGAGCUCACUCUUGUGCUCGACAGCGAUUUUAAAGGGCACAAUCAACGACCCUACGGAGUUCCCUCCUUCAUCAAGGACGAAUGGUUCGUAUCACUGGGCUUUCGAGCGACUUCUUGCGGCCUUCCUCAUUCCCAUGACCGCAGCUGCUUUCGUGACUUCUGGAUCAUCAUGUCCCGUCCUCGACGAAUUACCAGGUAUUAGCUUAGUGAUGCGCUCUCAUUGGGUUCGACUUAAUGACGUGCACAAACGCAAAUUCCCCAUCAUUAGCCCUAUCAUGACUGGGACACUAAGAUCAACGACGGUCGGUGUGCUCGUCAGCGUGUAUCAGUUCCACACCAAUGAUAUUGGCUCGACGGAGCUGAUUGCGAAGGUCUGGACUGCAUUAGAUCUGACACAGGGUGGGCAGAGUGACUUCACGCGUGGUAGGCCCGUCGCCCGAGGCGACUUUUACACUGUAUUGGACGUGGAGACUCAUAGAGACCUAUGCACGCCUGCCACACAAUAUUAUACAUGCGCAUUUUUGUCAAAAUAGGCACG